UAGGCUCGACGGCCACACCAUGCAGCACCGGCCCCUGAUUGGUUCCGUGCGCGGCGUCAAUAAACACUGUGAGGGUAUAUAUAUAAUGCAGCAAGGUGUGCCACUUCCAAGAAAUAAGACACAGGGAACCCCCCCAUCCCCGAGAUAAGAAAGAAGAGCUGCUCUGAACAGUAGUUUUUUUUUUUUUUUACAUUAUUUUCAGCAGAGCGUUAGAGGAUGAGGACGCAGAUCAAGAAGGUCCCUCAGAUAGUGGAGCUGCUGAGGAACAAGUCCGUGGGGCUGCAGCACUUCAAGCCCACAUCCUCAGUGUGCGUCCUGGAGCAGAAGGAUGUGGUGGAGGCUGCGCAGUGCCCUCACGCCGCCUCCAGAGCGCAGAGCCUGGACGCGAUCCCAGGUCCCACCAACUGGCCCCUGGUCGGCAGCCUGGUGGAGCUGCUGCGUAAAGGAGGUCUGACGAGACAACACGAGGCGCUGAUUGAUUAUCAUAAGAAAUUCGGAAAGAUGUUCCGGAUGAAGCUGGGCUCCUUUGAGUCCGUGCACAUUGGCGCACCUUGCCUGCUGGAGGCUCUCUACAGGAAGGAGGGAAAUUACCCUCAGAGGCUGGAGAUCAAACCCUGGAAAGCAUACAGGGACCUGAGGAACGAGGCGUACGGACUCCUCAUCCUGGAGGGGAAAGACUGGCAGAGAGUGAGGAGCGCCUUCCAGCAGAAGCUCAUGAAACCCACCGAGGUGGUGAAGCUGGAUCGCAAAAUCAACCAGGUGCUGGAGGAUUUCGUCAGCAGAAUUGGAAAAGUAAACGUCGAUGGGAAGAUUGAAGACUUGUACUUCGAACUGAAUAAAUGGUCGUUUGAGACCAUUUGUCUGGUCCUAUACGACAAGAGGUUCGGUCUGCUGCAGGAGGAGGUCAACGAGGAGGCCAUGAACUUCAUCACAGCUGUGAAAACCAUGAUGAGCACAUUUGGCAUGAUGAUGGUCACACCGGUGGAGCUCCACAAGUGCCUCAACACCAAAACAUGGCAGGACCACACCUCAGCGUGGGACCGCAUUUUCAGCACAGCCAAAGUCUACAUCGACAAGAAGCUGAAGGGAAACGCUGAGGAGAGAGCUGAUGACGAUUUGAUCGGUGACAUCUUGCAAAACAGCAACCUCUCGAAGAAGGAGCUCUACGCUGCCAUCACAGAGCUGCAGAUCGGAGGAGUAGAGACGACUGCCAACGGUAUGCUGUGGGCUAUUUUCAACCUGUCACGUAACCCUGGCGCCCAGAGGAGGCUGCGGGAGGAGAUUAAAGAGGCGGUGCCUGCUGACCAGAACCCGUGCGGAGAGCACAUCAAGCGCAUGCCCUACCUCAAGGCUUGCCUCAAGGAGUCUAUGAGGUUAUCGCCAUCAGUUCCAUUCACCAGCAGAACCCUGGACAAAGACACUGUGUUGGGAGAUUAUGCCAUUCCCAAAGGGACUGUUUUGAUGAUAAACAGCCACGCACUGGGCUCCAAUGAGGAGUACUUCGAGGAUGGGAAGCAGUUCAAACCCGAGCGAUGGCUGCGAGAGACCAGCACCAUCAACCCCUUCGCCCACGUUCCCUUCGGCAUCGGCAAGAGGAUGUGCAUCGGCCGGCGGCUGGCGGAGCUGCAGCUGCAGCUGGCCAUGUGCUGGUUGGUCAGAGACUAUGACAUCGUGGCCACAGACAAUGAGCCGCUCGAUGUGAUCCAUUCAGGACUCCUGGUUCCCAGCAGAGAACUGCCAGUCGCCUUCAUCAAGAGAUGAGGAUCCUUUAUCAACUCUUCUGGACAUAGUGACAGGAAGACGAUACCUCUGUCGCCCUGGCCUGAGCUGGUCCAGUGACUCCCUGUAUUGCUGCUCUGUAAAUAGAACAAAAAGACAAACAAAUUGCUAUACAUGUAAUCAUGCCGUAAAUACCUCAAACUUAUUUAAAAAAUAUUACCUAUGACCGUUAAUGACUGACCAAAAUACCAGUUGUUAUGUACAAAUUGAAUGUUGUACGAAGGCAGCUGUCCUCAAAUCUUAAUGUCAAUGUCCUCAUCUCAGACAUGUGUGUAUGUAGAUUUCAAGCUAUAUAUAACGUUGUGCUUUUUUCUUGUGUCACAGUCCUUUGUGUAUAAAAAAGUGCAAUUAUAAUAUUGUAAUAAUGUACAUUGUUUUAUGUAGAGACCUAUUUUAUUCACUUCAAUGGAUACAUUAAUAAAUGUAUUAAAGAUACAAA